GGGACCUCGUCGAUUUAGCACAGCGCCUGCUAGCCCAGUUGGGUGACACACCACACGGGCUCCGAAGUCAUGAUCUAGCUCGCACGUCAAGAUCGAGCUGCCUACUGCUCCCAGCUCCGAGUCCAGCACGGAACCACCACUGUCAACACCAGUCACUCGAUCCGCCCGGCCACGACCAGUGUCCGACCUCCAUAGCCGACAUUUGUGCUCAAACCAUGGCCCCCGAACACAUUGCCCGGAAUAGCUCGGGAGACGUCGCCAUGCGAGAUGCUCCUGAUGCCACGCCGAUCGCCUCGCCGAAGCCAAACGACCAGUCCGGCCCGAAUCCUGGCAGCCUCAAGGUCAGCCACCAAUAUCUCUUGGAGCAACGGAUACGCAGGAAGCUCGACCGACGUGGUGCCGAUCCAGCUCGUGAGGCCAAGUUCCGGCUCGAGGGUAUCCAGCUCAUAGACUCGAUCAGAGAGAAGCUCCAGCUCCCUGCAAAGACGUACAAUGCCGCAUGCACCUUCUACCACAAAUUACGGCUGAAGCAUCCAAACUACGAGCUCAACAACACUGACGUCGCAAUGGCUUGCCUCUUCACGGCUUGCAAAGUGGAAGACACCCACAAGAAGUCCAGGGAUAUUGCAUGCGCUCGCUGGAACCUGCAGAACCCUGACAAUCAGCUCACACAAGACGACAAGACUUUUGACGCCCCAUCAAAAGCAAUGCUCAAUCUAGAACGAGCAGUCCUCGAGGCGCUGCGCUUCGACUUUCGUGUCCGAUUUCCCCAGAAGAUCAUUGCCAAGCUGGUCAAAUAUCGCCUGGGCAGCGACGAGCAGGCCGCUAAGGACUUCUUCGCGGUGGCAUACGCCAUGUCGUUCGACAUGUACAAGACGCACGUGCCCAUCAAGCACACCACAUUCUCCAUGUCUUUGGCCGUGGUUGAGCUCACGGCGUUGCUGACGGGCGUUCACAUUGACGAAUUCCGCAUCAAAGACCCCAGUAUCAAGUGGCACACCGAUCGAAGCGUGGUUCUAGAAUGCCUGUUGGAUUUGCUGGAUCUGUACACACUCUAUCCAAAAGCAACGCGGGUCGGGCUCAUGUUCGACCUCGAAGCGUUUAUCGAUAUCAAGAUCGCGGCGAACAAGGAGCUCGAAGAACGGAGUAGUCCGCGAUACCAACACCAGUGCGAGGAGUGCGCACAGGCCGGCGUCCCUCCAUCGCCAUCGACGGGGUCGGAAAAGGAGGACGAGCGCGGUGACGCCUCCACGGCCAGCAACAACAAUAACCAUAACAACAACCGCGCCGCAGAGGUGAAGCGGUCCAGGGACGGCACCACCCGAUUCGUCUUCGAUGUUGAUGCUGCAUACCGCGAGCGCGACGUCGUCAAGCAGUUCACCGAGGACCAUUGGGAAGAACAUGAGGUCGAGGUGGAAGAGACGAUUCCCGAGGAUAUACCAGAUCGCCCACGGGGCCCCAGAGCAGCCCCUAGAGGACCGCGAGGCCGGGGCGGACCUCCUUCGGCAUUCAACGGGGGAGGUAUGGGCCGCGGAGGGCGGCCGGAUUUUGAUCCUGGCUGGACCCCGCGGAAUCGGCAUGACCGUCCUCGUGGUGGCCCGCGGGGUGGUAUGGGUGGGCGAGGCGGAGGUCAAGGGUACUACUGAAUCAGGGCAAAGGGCCAUUAGAUGGGAGAAGGAAACACCCAAUAUGGCGGGACAAUGUUUCAAGAGACCUGCAAAGAAUGUACUCGGAGUUUGGCAAAGAUACCCGCAUGCAAAUACACCAAAAUCAAAGGCACGGCAUAUUCUAUCUAGAGUUCCAAUGGAAGCACGACGCAAUUACUCUGUGAAACCCCACUGCAAUGAGAUAUAACCUUCUUGAUUCCAG